AUGAAGCAACACUAUGAUUACUUAACAUUUCCUAUUCAAUGGGAAGAUGUCGCAUUAACUGAGGUCUUUCAGGCGAAGCUGAAUGAUGCGAAGGCAGCGAAGUUAGGCGAUAGAAUACUAACUUAUGAGGGGUUUGGGUCUUUCCAUUCCCCAAACAUUGACGAUCUCAUGCGCUCACUCGACAUUGGGCGCCCGGCACCACCGUCCUUCUUUCCGUCCUUUGCUCGGAAAAUUCUUUCCAACGACGACCUAGAGAGGCUUGGUAUGUUUCAUCCUAAGUCUUUUCCAGACGUAUCAAAGAGGAUUUUGGGCGGAAGGCAAGCCAAGGAUGCCUCAGAGAUGUCUCACCAUGUUACGGAAUACCUUAAGGAAACGGAUUUAUCCAGGAAUAUGAUCAAACACAGUGAAGGGGGAUGCACUGCUUGCCUCCAUGGUGCGUGCGAGGAUGCCAUGUACUCUCUUUGUAUUGACAGCAAUACUCAACAUGCUCAUAGUAACGAUACCAUCUGCGUGUGUCCGAUGGGUCAUGAGUUUCGUGAGAAAUACUUUAGAAUAACACCCAGCAUGACCUUUAUUAAUCAUGGCGCUUUUGGUAGUGCUUUAAGUGGAGCUAUUGCCAUUAAGCACUGGUACGAAGAGGAGAUCGAAAGCGAAGUGGUCGACUUUAUAGAUCGAAAACUUUUUGAGCUCCUUGUUUAUAGCACUUCAUGCAUUGCUCAUUUUGUGCAUGCGGAUCCGAAGCAGCUUGUUAUCGUACAAAAUGCCACAUUUGGCAUGAAUUGCGCGAUGGAGUUGAUUACUGAGGGAGAUGUUGUCGCAUACAUCGAUACCGAGUAUCUGGCCGUAUACAAUAUCUUGCUGCUUCGUUGUCAAGAGGUCGGGGCAGCAUAUCACGAAGUAGCUCUUUCUAAAUACCUCCACAACGAGGAAAUUAUGGGUGAUGAUGAUGCCCUUACAGAGGCAAUCUGUAGUCAACUCCCUCUUGGGUGCACAGUGAUGGUUAUUGAUUAUAUCACCUCUACAACUGCUUUGUGCUUCCCUAUCUUCACUCACGUGAUACCUGCCCUGCGACAGAGAGGUGUCAGCAAAAUUAUUGUUGACGGUGCCCACGCGCCACUUCAGGUUGAUUUAAACUUCCACUCACUCCCACGAGAAUCCCAGCCUAGUGUAUUUACUGCCAACCUUCACAAAUGGUUUUCGUCACCUAAAUCUGUUGGCUUUAUGUGGGUGCGUGAGGAAGACAUAUGCAAGAUUCAGAGCGUUGUGCGCUCGCACGGUGCGACGAGUGGGUUUCAUUCGAAAUUUAUGUGGAUUGGAACUUCUGAUUUUGGCGCGAGUUUGUGCAUUCCUGCAUUGGUUGAUUUUUGGAAAUCUCAAGACUGCAAUCGGAUCCGUCAAUGCUGCACCAACCUCCUCGUUUCUGCCGUGGACAUGCUUACUCGGUCCUUUGGGACUCGCAAAGUAGCACGAAGGUCUUCGUUCAUGUCCCUUAUCGAGCUUCCCGAAGCCUUACAGAGCGAGUUAGCCACUGCCAGGUAUAUCCAAGACUUGCUACAUGAUUUCUAUAAAAUCGAGGUUCCUGUAAAAUGUGUUGAGGGAAGGCUUUAUGUGCGCAUCAGCGCCUUUGUGUACAACACCCCUGAGGAAUACGUCUACCUUCGAGAAUCUAUACUCUCCUUGUCUGACCAGUGGGUCCAGUCCGUGAAGCAUCGUGAACAGGUCUGCUCUUCAAGGUAA